UCUGGGGGCUUUCUACCCUGGGGGUUAUCUAUCUGAUGGCAUCUAGUCUUCUUCAUCCAAGAGGAACUUGGCAUUCCCUGAUGCUGUGUCUGCUAUUGUUCCUUCAGCCUGGCCAACAUGAUUGCUGCAAAGAUCCUGGUCAUGUUAAAGGCAAAUUUGUUGUCCUCUACUGCCCUUUAAUUCAGGAAAGAUUGGAGAUGAGAGAAUGGGAUCCAAACUGCCUCAACACUACAAACCUACCUUUGAGGUGCCAAAGGGAUGAGCUGGAGGUUAACAUUUGUGAUUUCCUACCUAACUGCUCCAUCUCCAUGUGUACAAAGCUGAAUCCCAUGAAGAGUCUGAUUUCACUGGAGGGACUCAACUGUUCUGUAACUCUUAACUGGCAAGAUGUAAUCAACUGCUGUCGUGAAGCCUCCAGAGACCACUUUACAGUGACCCCUAAAAGCAGCUGGACAAAUGCAUGCUCUGUCAUCACAAAGCUGUCCCCUGGGCAGGAAUAUAACAUGAUGGUGUAUAGAGUUUUGAAUGGAAGUUGUAGCCAAGAGGCAUCCAUCAACGUGACUACUAAGCCUUCACUGGUCCUGAACCUCACAACAGAGAAUCGCACAGUGGAUUCCCUGCAGAUUGGAUGGAAGCCACCCAGAGACCCUCAAAGACACACCUACACCUAUUGGGUCUGCUUGAUCAACUGCACCAUUGCCAGUGAAAACCAAUUUCUUGCAGAAGGACUGGAAGGAGGAACAAAGUACAGAAUUGAAGUCAGGGCCAUCACCAAGAGCAAUGUUUGUGGUGAUGCAGUGAUCAUAGAUGCCAUCACAGCUCCCAACAGCCCUGUGAAUGUAAGAGUGGAAAGUUACAGCCCUCACAGUCUUUCCAUCGCCUGGAAUCCUCCAAAAGACCCUAAUGCAACUGACUAUUUGUAUAGAAUAAGUUGGUGGAGAGAAAACGGGACUCAAGUGGGCAGCGACUCCAUUCCAACCUCCAGUUACACCAUCCGCAGGUUGAAGCCAGGAGUUCUGUACCUGGUGCAGGUGAACUCGAAUAUCAGUGGGAUUUUGAGCAAACCUGCUGAGCAUCAGACUCUAACAGCCCCACUGCCCCCGACCAAUUUCCGCAUCCAGAUGAUCAAUCAAACCGUGGCUCAUUUUGCCUGGGUGAACCCAAGCUCGCCAUUCAGUGCCAUCCAACUGCAGUGGAGUGCGCCAAACGAAGCCAGAGGAAAUGAAACAUACCCCAAUUCUUCGGACCAAGCUGUCCUCCACAAUCUCACUCCCAGCACCAAUUACACCUUCACUGUCUUCAGCGCAGUUAGGAAGGAUUCCCUGUCCAGAGACAGUGUUGCCUUUCAGCAGCACGGGGCCACAAAACCAGAACGUGUAACCGAUUUGAAAUGCCUCCCUUUGCAAGAUGGCCGGAGUUUGAAAUUAUCCUGGACGUGCCCAGCGAGUGCUGUCAGUGCAUUUGUAGUCCUCGUGUCAGAUCAGGCCUGGAAAAAUGAGCCGAAUUGCAGUGAAUCAGUGGUGAUUCAAGAGCUUAAACCUGCCAAAAUCUAUCAAAUUAAAAUAAAAACUUUUUGGUACAAUCAAUAUGCAGUCUCGGACACCGUGGAGUGUUCCAUCGAUAUUACAGUGGCUCUCCUUGGAUCCCUCUCUGCGGUGCUGCUUCUGUUGGUCAUCCUUUGCUUCCUGCUCUUUUAUUUCAGGAGACCAAGAAGGACAGAUGCCUCGGAGGAGCAGAAACCAGAUGUGGGAUUGCCUGGAGUCCUUGGUGCAAUGCCGGUGUCAGCUUUCCCACGUUACUACUAUGAGCAGCUGUCAGAUAGUGCCUUUGGCUUUGCCAUGGAAUACCAGCAACUACAGGACACAGGGAGAGAUCAGCUCCAGAGUGUAGCCCAGUGGCAUGAAAAUCAAGCUAAGAAUCGCUAUAGCAACGUUCUGCCAUAUGACAACGCACGAGUCCAACUCACCCUCAAGCAAGAAGAUCCCAACUCAGAUUACAUCAAUGCCAGCUACAUGCCUGGUUACAGGAAGGAAAAGGAGUUCAUCGCAGCCCAAGGUCCAUUGCUUGCCACACUCUAUGACUUCUGGCGCAUGAUAUGGGAGCAGCACAUCACAACCAUAGUCAUGCUCACCAACUGCAUUGAGAAUGGACGGGUGAAAUGUGAACGCUACUGGCCCUUGGACUACACACCCUGCACCUAUGAUGAUAUUACUGUAUCUGUUAUCACAGAAACCAUUUUCCCUGAUUGGACCAUCCGGGACUUUAGUAUCAAGCGGAUGAGCAUGUCUGAAGUCCGUCGUGCUAGACAUUAUCACUACACAUCAUGGCCAGAUCAUGGAGUGCCCCAAACCACAGACACCAUUCUUCAUUUUCGAGAUCUUGUCAGGGAGCACUUAGAUAAAAUGAAGGAUAAUGGGCCAGUUCUGGUUCACUGCAGUGCUGGUGUGGGCCGGACAGGGACAUUUAUUUCUCUAGACUCACUACUGUGCCAAGCCCAGGACCAGGGAGAGAUUGGUGUCUUUUCAUUUGUGGAGAAGCUGAGAAUGAACCGUCCACUCAUGAUCCAGAAUGAGGAUCAGUAUGUCUUCCUGCACCAAUGCCUCCUGGAUGGAAUCCAGCCUCCUCCAAAGAAUGACAGUGUGAUCAUGGAACAUUCUGCAGUGUACGAAAACAUCUUGACUGUGCAAGGCUAUGAAGUCUCCCGGGUGUGAGAGGCUUGGCUUUCACCCAGGCAAGAAGAUGUCCACCUCUUAUAGGUUUCAAAAUAAUUGCCCCCCCCCCAAAAAAAGAUUGAGGCAUUUUCCCCUUGAAUUUAACUUUAACUUCCAUGUUUUAAAUGGAGUAAAUUUUCCAAAGUAAAAAUCCAAGACUGUACAGGAUUUACAGUAUACACGCCUAAAGUCACUGUUCUGCAAAUUGUCAAUUUUGUCUAAUUCUUACUGUUCCAGCUCACAUUGAGACUUUCCACCACUGCUAUUUAAUGUUGUCAUUUUCAAAGGAGAAAUCCGGAGAUGAAAUCCAAAGAUAUUGGCUCAUCAUUUGAAACAUCAUUCAUGGUUCCUUUAACCAAGGUUUGUCAAAUAAAGCACAGUUGAGUGUG